GCUGACAGCUGCCCGUAGAAGCAAGUCUGGUCACUGCAGCGAGAGAACAACAAAAUCAUGCAGCAGGACUAGCUGCCACCUCCUGCCUGCCUGCCUACAGAGAAGGCAAGGACCUUCUUGGCGAUGACCUACCAAGGGAUCUGUCCUUGGGGUCAGUGAGCUGAGCUCUAUAAUGUCAGACACUGCCCAGAGAACAUCGCUCCUUCUUCAAGCAGAGUUAUGAAAAAGGAGAAGCUGGUCAGCAGACCAAAACACUGGGAUUGUCCUUUCCAAGAUCCAGAGUGCCAACAUUCCUGGGAAGAUGUGGGCAUGGAAUCUGAUGGCAAGGGCCCUCUAUGACAAUGUCCCAGAGUGUGCAGAGGAACUGGCCUUUCGCAAAGGAGACAUCCUGACCGUCAUAGAGCAGAACACAGGAGGGCUGGAAGGAUGGUGGCUGUGCUCCUUACACGGUCGACAAGGCAUUGUCCCGGGAAACCGGGUGAAGCUUCUGAUUGGUCCUGUGCAGGAGACCUCCUCCAGUCAUGACCAGCCUACUUCUGGACUGAUGCCUCAGACUUUUGGCCAACAGAAGCUUCAUCAAGUGUCAAACCCACAGGCCACUCCUCGUGAUACCAUCUACCAAGUUCCACCUUCCUACCAAAAUCAUGGAAUUUACCAAGUACCCACUGGCUAUGGAACCCAAGAACAAGAUGUGUACCAAGUGCCACCCUCAGGACAGAGAAGCAUUGGUGGAACCAAUGGUCCCCACUUAAGUCAAAAGGUGAUAACCCCGGUGAGGACCGGCCAUGGCUAUGUGUAUGAGUAUCCGUCCAGAUACCAAAAGGACGUCUACGACAUCCCUCCUUCCCACGCCACUCAAGGGGUGUACGACAUCCCUCCCUCAUCAGUAAAAGGCCCUGCGUUUUCAGUUCCAGUGGGAGACAUCAAGGCUCAAGGGGUAUAUGAUAUCCCUCCUACUAAAGGGGUAUAUGCCAUUCCAUCCUCUGCUUGCCGAGAUGAAGCAGGGCUGAGGGAAAAAGAAUACGAUUUUCCCCCUUCCAUGAGACAACCAGGGAGGCUGAACAUCAGACCAGAAGGGGUUUACGACAUCCCCCCAGCCAGCACGAAGCCAGCAGGGAAAGACCUUCACGCAAAGUUUAGCUGCGAUGUUUCAGCGGUUGAGUCAGUGGUGCGAAGGCACCAAAGCCUUUCCCUGAGCCACCCACCCCCACAACUGGGACAGUCACUGGGCACUCAGAAUGAUGCCUAUGACAUCCCCCGAGGAGUUCAGUUUCUUGAGCCACCUGCAGAGCCCAGUGAGAAAGCAAGCCUGGAAGAAAGAAAUGGUGUUUACGAUGUCCCUCUGCAUAACCCACCAGACGCUAAAGCCCCCCGGGACGUGGUAGAUGGGAUCAACCGACUGUCCUUCUCCAGUACAGGCAGUACCAGGAGUAACAUGUCCACAUCUUCCACCUCCUCGAAGGAGUCCUCACUGUCGACCUCCCUCUCUCAGGACAAAAGGCUCUUACUGGAUCCAGACACUGCCAUCGAGAGACUUCAUCAGCUCCAGCAAGCCCUGGAGACGGGUGUCUCCAGCCUCAUGAUGCUGGUCACCACGGACUGGCGGUGUUACGGAUACAUGGAAAGGCACAUCAACGAGAUCCGCACUGCGGUGGACAAGGUGGAGCUCUUCCUCAGAGAGUACCUCCACUUCGCCAAAGGAGCCGUAGCAAACGCUUCCUGCCUCCCUGAACUCAUCCUCCACCACAAAAUGAAGCGGGAGCUCCAGAGAGUUGAAGACUCUCACCAGAUUCUAAGCCAAACCAGCCAUGACUUAAAUGAGUGCAGCUGGUCCCUGAACAUCCUGGCCAUCAACAAGCCCCAAAACAAGUGUGAUGAUCUGGACCGGUUUGUGAUGGUGGCCAAGACGGUGCCCGACGACGCCAAGCAGCUGACAACAUCCAUCAACACCAACGCAGAGGCCCUCUUCAGAUCAGGCCCCAGCAGCUCACAGCUGAAGAAUGGACCUGAGAACAUCAUGAACUCAACGGAGUACCCACAUGCAGGCUCCCAGACACAGCUGCUGCAUCCUGGUGACCACAAGGCCCAGGGCCACAAUAAGUCACUGCCCCCAAACCUGGGCAAGGAGCCACCUCCUGACUGCAGCAGCAGUGAUGGCUCUGAGAGGAGCUGGAUGGAUGAUUACGAUUACGUCCACCUACAGGGUAAAGAGGAGUUUGAGAGGCAACAGAAAGAGCUGUUGGAAAAAGAAAAUAUCAUCAAACAGAACAAGAUGCAGCUGGAACACCAUCAGCUGAGUCAGUUCCAACAGCUGGAACAAGAAAUCACAAAGCCGGUGGAGAAUGACAUCUCCAAGUGGAAGCCCUCUCAGAGCCUCCCCACCACAAACAGCAGCGUGGGCGUGCAGGACAGGCAGCUGCUUUGUUUCUAUUAUGACCAAUGCGAGACCCAUUUCAUUUCCCUUCUCAAUGCCAUUGACGCCCUCUUCAGUUGUGUCAGCUCAGCUCAGCCCCCACGAAUCUUCGUGGCACACAGCAAAUUUGUCAUCCUCAGCGCGCACAAACUGGUGUUUAUUGGAGACACACUGACAAGGCAGGUGUCUGCUCAGGACAUUCGCAACAAAGUGAUGAACUCUAGCAACCAGCUGUGCGAACAGCUCAAGACUAUAGUUAUGGCGACCAAGAUGGCCGCCCUCCACUACCCCAGCACCACCGCCCUGCAAGAAAUGGUACACCAAGUAACAGACCUUUCUCGAAACGCCCAGCUGUUCAAGCGGUCUUUGCUGGAGAUGGCGACAUUCUGAAAAGAAGAGGAUAGAAAGGAGACUGAGUUAAUGAUUACUAAGGGAAACUGGAAAUAUUAUCUGCUUCUUGUAAAUAUUAUCUAUUUUGUAGAUAUUUUAUAUGAAAAGGAAAUAUUUUAACAUUUUAUGGGUUAGACUACCGAAAUUCAGGGAGCUGGAGAGGGAAAUCUUUUGUAUUUUUCCUCUGUGUGGUUCUUAUGUAAACAUAUUAGUAUCUAAGAUAUAAACUGUACAGAAACUUGUCCACAUGCUUGUGUAUACCUAUAUAUUUGUAUUUGUUUGUAGAUGCUUGUCUGAUACAUUCCAUUAAAAAAAGAAAAACAUGAAUUAA